AUGUCUUCUCAAAAUGAGAACGACGAUAAAUUACCAACCGAAGAUAGUCCUAUAACAACUGUUAGCCAUAAACGUCGUGUACGAUUUCCAAGUGAUGAAGCACAAUUGCGUAUGAUAUCAAUUACACCUGAACCAUUAUCGAAUCAACCAUUACUUUCACUUGGAGUUAUUUUACAACGUUAUCGUGCUGCAUGUCAACGUGUACAAAUACGUCCAUUGAAUUGCUUAUUAGAUCAAUUAACUACAAUGGAUGACAACAGAAAAUCAUUUAGUGAUCGUCUUCAUUGCUUAAAAAUAGCUAAUGAACGAUUAGAUAUAAAACAUAUUGAUGCUAUUGAAGAAGUUUUAUCUCGUUGCCGUUUUCAUACAUUGGAUUUUGAAUCGUCAUUCUCUGAUGAUUCAACACUUGUACAAUUUUUUGACAUUAUUGAAUAUUAUGAAUCGUGCACGCAUUUAAAUUUAUCUAAUAAUCGUUCCAUUAGUGUACAAGGUUAUCAAGCAUUAACGAGAUAUUUAAGAAAAACACGUUAUUUAGAAAGACUUGAUGUGAAUUCAAUGCGUUUUGAUGAUAUGAGUAUGUUAAGUUUUGGACGUGCACUACGUAUGUCAUCAACAUUAUAUGAAUUGCAUUUGGAAUCGUGCCAAUUAAAUGGAAAAAUUUUACAAAAAUUAAUACAAAAUAUACGUUUAGCUCCUUGUUUACGUGAACUUUAUCUUUGUGAUAAUCGCCUUCAAGUGCAAGACUCAUUACUGAUAAAUGAUCUGAUUCGAACUUGUGGUCAAUUUCUUCAUGUACUUGAUCUACGUUCAAAUGCAUUGCAAGAUACUGGCAUGUCUCAUAUAGCGUCGCAAUUAAGUCAAUACGACGAAAAUCAUGCACAACAAAGCAAUCUAUACAAAAUAAGUUUUCAAUCAAAUCAAUUAACGUAUCAAGGCGUUGGUUUUCUAGCUAAAUCGUUACUUCAUAAUCGUACAAUACGUUCAUUAAAUUUAAGUCAUAAUCCAAUAACAAACGAAGGUUUAUUUCUAUUACGUGAUACUCUAUUAACGAAUCGUACAAUAAAUGAAUUAAUAUUGAGAAAUUGUCGUUUAACAGAUCAAGCUGCUAUUGCUUUAGCAGAAUAUAUAGCUGAAUCAUCCACAAUACAAUAUUUAGAUUUAAGAGAAAACAGUAUUCAAGCGAGUGGUAUAUGUGGUAUUGCAAUAGCAAUUAAAAGUAAUAAAUCUUUAUUGAAACUUGAUUUUGAUCCAAUUAUUACAACAAAUUUUAAUUCACAAUCGAAUAAUAAUAUUGAUCGAUCAACAAUACCAAACUCAAAUAGUCUCCUGUCUCUAUCAAAUCUUCGACGAAUGACAAUCGGUUUCAGUGGCUUAACAAGUAAUGCAUAUAAUGCAAAUGGAAGUGAUACACAAACUGCACGAGAGCUAUUUGAACAAAAACUUAAAUGGAUGAAUGAUAUUGAAUGUGUUUGUGAGAGAAAUUUAAUUCAUUAUGAAGAUCAAUUACGUCGACAACAAGAAGAAGAAGAACAGCAACGACAACAACAACAACAACAAACAAAUGAACAAAAUGAUAAUGGAAAAGUUAUAACUAAUGGAACUGAUCAACAAGAAUCACCCAUUGUUACAUCAAAAGAUAUUAUUUUAGAAGAAAAUUUUACUAAUGAAAUUUUAUCAAACGAUAAUAUUCCUUCAUUAUCGGCUGACAAUGAACAUUCAAUGCUUCCUAUUCAGAAUAACAGUGAAGUUACAGCACUAUCAACAGAUGAAAUUUUACAAUCACAAAAUGCUGGAGCUAAUGAUGAUGAUGUCUUUGUUGUAGCACCUAUAGAUAAUCAAUCGAAUGAUAACAAUCAAGUUGCACCAAUGCCAGAAAUUUCUGUUGAGUCUCAACGCAACGGUGAUAAUCACGAAGAAUCACAGACAAAUAACAUGGAUGGAGUGUUUACAUUGGAAGAUCCAACUUCAACUCCUAAUAAUACUGAAGAUAAUCCUGAUGAUAUUUUAAAUGAUGAUGAUCAAAGAAAACUGAACCAUUCGGAUAGUCUUUAUUUAUUACGAAAAAAAGCCCAGCACGAAGAUAAUGAUACAAGCGAUGAUGAAUCUGAUUUAUCGUCCUCGAUCGAUCAACCGCAACAACAAUUAACAGAUGGUGUAUAG